AUGGCUGCAGCGGCGGCGGCACCGGCACCUCCGAGCCCCUCCGGCGGCGAGGCGCAGCGCCCGUCCCGCGGCGGCCCCGGCGGCGGCGGCGGCAGCGAGGGCAAGAGCGGCGGCCCGGGCGCGGUGGAGCUGGCGGCGGCGCGGCGGCGGCUGGUGGCGGCCGAGGGGCGGCGGCGGGCGGCGGCCGAGCUGGAGGGGCGGGUGCGGCAGGUGCACUGCGCGCUGCUGCACGCCGAGCUGCGCCUGGCCGCCCGCGCCGAGACCCUGGGCCGCCUGGGCGCCGGCGUGGCCCAGGCGCAGCUCGCCCUGGCCGCGCAGAGCCAGCGCCUGCAGAAGGGGCUGCGCCGCCGCCCGCGGCCCCGGCCCGGAGCGCUGCUCGCCGCCGCCCGCGCCCUCCGCAGCUGCGUGCCCUGGGCCCCCGCACGGAGCCGCGGGGCCGCCGCCGGCACCCCCGUGCGCCGCCUGCCCGCCGCCAGCCGCGGCUCCGCAUAG